GAGCAACACGAUUUCCUAGUUUUACCUGUGCAGACACAUUGUGAGAACGGCAGCUCCUGCUAACCUGUUUGUCCUGAAGAAAUAGACCAAAUCUGAUCAAAGGAAGACUAUGAAAUUACUCCAAUCUUCAUUCUGAAGAGGUUUUCUGUGUUUACCGCCCGCUGAAAGUUUUCCCACAUGGAAACAGGUCUGCUGAGGACCAGCUGAGACGUCCUGAAGCUGGAAGUGGAGACUUGGUGGAGGGUGGGCGACUGGAGCGACAAACGUCUUCACAGGUGUUUCCUCAAAGCCUUGAGCAUCAGUUUGUGAAAACAUGAAUCCCAUGUGGAAGGUUUACAAAGGCAAAGUGAUGAAGACUCUGAAUCCUGAGUAUGAGGAGGACACUGCAGAGGAGGUCACAGAGGUAGAACAUGACAUGAGUCCAAUACAGGAGGAUGAAGGGCCCAACGCUGUCUCUCAGCUGGCCAGAAAGAUGCAGGGGGCCGGGGCUAAAAGCUGGAACAGGUUUUCGUCUCUCUUCAACAAAGAGGAUGAGCACCAGCUCCUGGAGGAGACCGAGUGCCCGCCUGUCGCUGACCACCCUCUCGCAGUAAAACCUGAAGAACCUCCUCGACCGACCAGGCGCAGUGGAUUCUGGGAUAGUUUUGCAACCAACUUUGCUGCAAAGAAACAGGCCGAAGCUGCUGCUGCAGCUGCAGCUGCAAAUGAGGGUGUGGCAGAGUCAGGUGAGGAAGGAGCGACUCAGGCUGCAGGGGAGGAGCAGCAGGCCGGCCCGACUGAGGAGACGGAAGCAGGAAGCAGCAGCAGCAACAACAGCUUCUCUAAAUAUGUGACGCUGGGAGGGAGCGGCGAAGACGCCUCCUUUAAGUGGAACUUUGUUACCAGCAAGCUGGCAGAGCUGAAAACCAAGGGCAUGGUGAAUAAGACCAACUGAUCGCUACAAAGAUGUCUUCUAACAUUCUUAUAAAAUAUUAGAGUAAAUUAUAUUUAGUUUUACUUUAUUUCAUUAUAAUCCCAUUUGAUUGUUUUCAGGUCUUAAAUAUAAAAAGCCAUUAAAUUUUUUUUUCAGCUGAUGAACCAUAAAAGGUGGAAUGUAUAAACAUAUAAACAUAGUCUACUUAUUUAAGAAAACUUAAACGUUUAUCCUGCAACAAUUGAAUUUGUGCCUCAGCAAUAGGGCAGGUGAACUGUACAUUCCUCUCUGCAAAGUGAUGCUUUCACCCUUUCACGAUGUGAGGUAAACAGAGGUUUAUUGCUGUCUUCAGUAACACUUGAAAAUUUUAAAAUGGAUUUUCCACCACAGUGCUUCUCCAAACAAGACAAAAGGGGCCCCAUCUACCUUUCAACAAAUCUAACCGAAUCUGUAGUUCAGGAGAAAACUGGAUUAAAAGAUUAAAGGCAGCGAUAGCUGGAUUAGCCGAGGACCAGAUCACUUAACCUGUUCACAGAGAGAAUUACAGCUCAAAGGUCUUUAAUUUUGGUAAGAUUCUUAAUAUGGGCAAGCAUGUACUAUGAAAUUCUUCCUUUGUGAUGUGAAAUGAAAGACUAAAAUGUGUGUUUGGUCGCAAAAUCUGAAACCCUGACUUGAAUUUUCUAAUCUUAGACUGAGACUGAAAUGUGCAAUGUGUGAUUUUUUUUUUUUCUUUUUUUUUGUGACAGGGGAAAUUGGCUGAUGUUCUUAUUUUGGUGUCUUUUGGGUUUUAACUUGUAUGUUUAUUUUGUUUUUGGUUCUGAUAUGACAAAAUAAAGACUGUUUUUCCUGAA